GCAGAGCGGCGAGGCGGAGCGAGGCCAACGGUCGCGGCAGCCGCGCCUUCCCGUCCUGCUCGUCCUUUAGCUAAAGACUAAUUCUGUUUCUGUAAAACCGGCGUCAACUUUAAAGUCCUAUGCUGAGCGAAGCGGCGUCUGCUUAUCAGUACAGCUAGUUACCAAACCAGGGAGGAGAGCAAACGUUUAACUAACGAACACGAGAACUGACGGUGACGCUACUAGCUGCUAGCUAACGUACCACAUCACCUGAAGGUCAAGACCACUUAACCCCGCUAACUAGGGUGAAUUCAGAUAAAGUGGACUGAGAAUAAGCCAUCAGAGCGACUCGCCCACAGCUCAAAGGCAGAUGGCCGUGAGCUGAUCCUCAGGAUCGUGUUUUGGGCUGCUCUUGUCCGUCUCCCUGGUUAAAAUGUCAGUCCGUCGACCGGCUCUGCUCCUGCCCUACGGUCUGAAGAGCUGGCUGUAUGCAGUGACCCGAGCCGUUGUGCACCAGAAGCCCAGAGAUGUGGCAGAGUUCAUAGCAACCUACUGUCAGAAGCUGUACGAGUUUGGGAGAGAACAUCCAGAACUCAGCAUUCAUGACCUCACACGCCUGUUCAGAGAAGUUGAAGAAGGAGAGCCAGCAUCCAGAACAUUUUCAGGCUCUUCUGGAUCACCACAGGACCAUGAUCCACUUUUUCAUGAUGACUGGCAAGAACUUUUAGCAGAGAGGAAGCUAAGUAUCUCAGCACUCACCAGAGAUGAGAUCAGCCAGAGCUGUGAAACUUCACGUCACAUACAAGAUGUAAACCACAGUGAUGUAGACCCCGUGCUGUCAGAAGACCUCCUAACGAAGGAGCUGAGCUGCAGUGCCACCUCCCUGCGAUCAGCUGUGUUCCAGAGGUCUCCUACACCUUGUCACGCAGAGCUGGUCAAAAACUCAGUCGUCAUAUGCACAGCCCCAUCUCCGCCUGACCAAGUCAUCGUAAUUCAUUCAGAAACUCUUCCUGAUACCAUAAUAUUCCACACUAUAGGAGCAGUCUCCUCUGAAUCAUCAAGUGGGUCUAGCUCGGCCUUUAGACCUCCCACUUCAGACCAGGACCAUGUUAGGGAAUCCUGUGAUGCAGGUGCUUUUGCUGAUGUGGUGAUAUAUAACAAAGUACCAUCGGUUGGGGAUCUCCCUUACCCUCUGUCCAUCUCCGAAGAUCUCUCCUCCCCAGCCAUUGGUUUGGAUUUGGACCAAGCUGAAGCUGCUCAAAAUGAGAUCAGCGAAACGGACCCGUCAGCAAAAGUAAUACCCUGCAUGCUCAGCACAAAGAUUCAGAAGGAAGUUACUGAAGUUGUAAGCGAGACAAGGGUGAAGUGGAAAUCUGCAACAGCCUCUCCAAAAAUAUCCUUUACUACAGUUCAUAAACAGGUGUCGGACACUGCAGUAAUGAAGCUGCUGAGACCUUGUAUGCUAGGGUUGUCUGAUGACUCUGGUGUGGACAGUUACGUAAGGGUUACUGAAGUGGUGACAGAAACUUCAGAAAAAGAAGCCGAAUCCAGAGUGCCUCAAAACACACCAGUGCCUGCAGGUAAAGAAUGUGUUAAUGCUUUGGCAGCUUCAGAUACAACUGUUGACUCACUGCUGGCAACUGCAUCCAGUAAUGAACAGCUGAAUGAUGCUGAAAUCCAUCCUGAAUGUCUACAACAUGCUAUGGACGAACUACUUGAGCAGAGUCUGGAGGAAUAUGCCAGACUAGAUUUAGGUAGAUCUCUAUCAGAUGUCAGAGUCACAGAGGCUGCCAGGUCUGUUGUGAGCAGCAUGAUUGAUCAAGUCUUCGCCCAGGAUUUCUUGGAGACUUGUGCAAGAGCUACAGUGACAGAACAUAUGAAAGAGAUACAGUCUGAUCUUGUAGAAGAUCUCCUUCCUAUUCAUGAUACUGAAAAAGAGAUGUCUUCUGUUUGCUCCACUACUACUGAGCCAAGCCUAGAAGCAUUAGUGCUCCACUUGUGUGAGAGAAGUGUUGAGGAGAUUUUGUUUAAAGCUGAGAUGCAAGUGGGACAUAUGGGUCCUGCAACCAGGCUGGAAUAUCUGGAGGACAGGGAAAUGUCACUGGAGAGUCCAGAGAAAGAGCAGACUCCCAGAAUAUCUCCGGAGCCAUUUCUAACUGAGGUAGCCAGCCCAGUGACAACAGAAUCUGAGCUGAAGAUGGAUCCAUCAACUGAUGAACAACUGAGUGAUGCAGAACGUCUGCAAGUUUGUGAGCUGGAACUUCCACAGCAUGAAGUUGCUGAACCUGUUCUGGAGGAACUUGAAUCAGCUUUGGAACGCAUAUUUGAGCCAGUUCCAUCAUCCGAUGAACAGCAGACUGAUGCUGAAAUUUAUCAGCAAGGUGAACUUGAAGUUCCUGAACCAGUUCUGGUGGAACACAAAUAUUCAGGCGCCAGUCUGCUUUCAAUCUCUGAGACCUAUGAGAAGGAAAUAUUAGCUCCAUCUGCAGAGGAGGAAACAGCUUCCAGUCCACAGUUAUCCAGUGGACAGUUAUCCACUGAGGAGACUUCUCUAACAUAUUCUGGUAUAUGUGAGCAUACACCAGAUGCCUCAAAAGCACUGGAGACUGUCGACAGUGAGGUGCCAUACUCGACAGCAGAGCCUGAAAUGUUGCCUGAAGCUGAGGUGGAGAUGGAGCACAGGGUGGUCCAUCAGGUGGACAGUUUGGAAGCACCAUCAGCGAGUCCAGAGAAACAGCAGACUCUCAGAGUAUCUUCUGAGCCAUUUCUAACUGAUAAGGAUACUAUAGCGACAACGGGUGCUACAUUUGAUCCAGAUCUGUCGAGCGGUGGGAUUGGUGCUGGCUUUCACCAACAUAGUGAACUUGAAAUUCCUGAACAAAGUCUGCAGAAACAGGAUUCAGGUGUUAUUCUGCUCUUACUCUCUGAGAUGUGUGAGGAGCAAAUUUCACCAUCAUCUGCAGAGGAGAAAACAGCUUCUCCAGAGGCAGAAAAGCACACAGAGAUUUUCCCUGAUGAGGAAUCAGAUCAUGAGCAUGAACAGACAGAAGAAGAGGGACAGUCGUCCACAGAGGAUUCUGGUACACCAUCACAAUCUGGUGCCGUUCUGCUCUCAGUCGCUGAAAGUUUUGAGGAGGAAAUAUCACCAUCAUCUGCAGAGGAGAAAACAGCUUCUCCAGAGGCAGUAAGGCACACAGAGGUUUCCCCUAGUGAAGAAUCAGCUCAUGAGCUUGUACAGACAGAAGAAGGGCAGUUGUCCACAGAGAAGAUUCCAUCACAUUCUGAUGUUGUUCAGCUCUCAGUCUCUCAGACUUGUGACGACGAAACAUUACCAUUAUCCACCAAAGAGGAAAUGGUUUCCAGUCCAGUGGCAGUAAAGCACACAUUGGAUUUCCCUGAUGAAGAACCAGCUCAUGAGCUUGAACAGAAAGAAGAACAGGGACAGUUGUCCACAGAGAAGAUGUUUCCAUCACAUUCUGGUGUCGAUCUGUUCUCAGUCUCUGAGACUUGUGAGGAAGAAACAUUACCAUCAACUGCAGAGAGGGAAACAACUUCUCCAGAGGAAGUAAGGCACACAGUGGAUUUCCCUGGUGAAGAAUCAGCUCAUGAGCUCAAACAGACAGAAGAAGAAGGACAGUCAUCCACAGAGACAUUUCCUUCACAUUCUGGUGUCAUUCUGCUUUCAGUCUCUGAGACUUGUGAAGAAGAAAUAUCACCAUCAUCUGCAGAAGAGAAAACAGUUUCCAGUCCAGAGGCAGUAAGGCAUACAGUGGAUUUCCCUGAUGAAGAAUCAGCUCAUGAGCUUGAACAGAAAGAAGAACAGGGACAGUUGUCCACAGAGAAGAUGUUUCCAUCACAUUCUGUCUCUGGGACUUGUGAAGAAGAAAUAUCACCAUCAUCUGCAGAAGAGAAAACGGCUUCCAGUCCAGAGGCAGUAAAGCACACAUUGGAUUUCCCUGAUGAAGAAUCAGCUCAUGAGCUUGAACAGACAGAAGAGAAACAGUCGUCAACAGAGAAGCUGUUUCCUUCACGUUCUGGAGAUGAUCUUGCUGAAAAACCCUCACUGGUUGCCACAGAAGCACUAGAGAUUCGUGACAGUGAAUUACAAUGUAGGAGAGGAGAGUCUGGGGAGAUUAUAUCUGAAGCUGAAGUGGAGAUGGAACACAGAGUGGACCAUCAGGAGGACAGCUUGGAAGCACCAUUAGAGAGUCCUAAGAAAGAGGAAACUCUAGUAGCGUCUCUUGAGGCAUUUCUAACUGAUGACGAUGGCAUGGCGACAACAGGAUCUUUAUUUCAGAAGGUUCAGCAACAGAAUGAGAAUGAAAUUCCUCAAAAGAGUGAACAGCAUGAAGAGUCUCAGAAGAGUCUACAGCAUGAAGUUCCUGAACCAAGACUGGAUGAACAUGAUUUAGAGGCCAUCCAGCCCUCCGUAGUCUUGAAAACAUUUGAGGAAGAACCAUCGACUUCGUCUUCAGAGAAAACCAGUUCAGAGACCGAAGGUUACACUGUGCUUAGCGCUGCUGAUGAAUCAUUUUAUGAAUUUAUACUUACAGAAGAGGAGAACAGUUCAUCACAUUCUGGCUCUGAGAAGACGUCAGACUCGAAUGAAGAAAUAAAAAAAGCCGCAAAGGGAGUGGCUGAGAAACAUCUUGCCUCAACACAUUUACGCUCAUAUUUAAAAAAGCGAAAAGCUGAAAGUUACCAGCGUAUGGAGCCGGUAGAUCAACAACUAUUUGCCAGAAUGGGCCUAACCAGUACAGAUGAGCCUUGCUUAAAACGCAUAAAAUCAGCUGGAGCUCAGAUCGUCAAGAGUGCCCUUGCUGAGAAAAACAGAUUCAUGAAGAGGAUUUCACACUCCUUCCAUCUAGCACACAAACCAUCUGCUGCAAAGGAUGCAGUGACUGCGACCAGACAUGCUAAUGAGUCUCAGAAACUGCAGAAAGGUAGAAAGCAGCCAUUCAGUGCCGCAGCUAAACCUCCAAGGUCACGAAGAACUACUUUACCAGAGGUGGCAAAGCAGCAAGGCUCAGCCAGUCAGGUCUGGACCCUUUAUCAUGUAGCCCAGGCAUCUGAUACAAGCUCAUCAUCCUUAACAGCGCAGACAUCUUCACAGUCUAGUGAUGCUGGUUCUGAGCUCAACUUCGAGACAAAAAGGCCUUCGCGUGAUCCAGGAAUAAACCUCAGCGAAUGUCAAAGAGAAAAAACAGUCACAUCGCCCCGGUUCACCAUGGCAGCUGAUGCUGAGGCCAUAAGCAUCCCAAAUUAUGUACUGAAGACUGAAAGAGAAAAAGCAACAGGAGAGAAGUCUUCAGACUCAGAAAACAAAGCUCGUGAAAAAGAUAAGAAACCACAGGCUAAGUCUCAGAAGCGAGCACCUUUUCCUGGUUUUCUCUCGUUUGUUUUUCCGAUGGAUAGUUUCUGUGAAACCGAGAUUUUGCAGAUGAAGAGUUCAGAUGGGAAGGCUGUUUACUCUCCCGGUUACAUCCGAGUGCUCUAUGUGGCCAACGAUGCACCCGAGCCAAGACGAGACAGCGCGGCAACACCUCCGGAUUCAGCAAGGAACGUGGAGUGGACUUUGAAAAUCAGCGUAAGACCAGAGCAUUCUACAUCAGAUACAGAAAAGGACAACAGCCCAGACAACAAAUAGUCUGCUGGACAUUCUUUAAAGUUUCUUGGACCCCUUCAGACGCGAUGUGUUCUUCUUAAAUUCACCAGCAGGAUUUCAUUUAUUUUUUGGCUUGCAUUGUCUGAGCUAUCUGAAAAUGAGAAUAAAAGAGAAAACAGUA